UCCAGAAAGAUGAUAGGUUCCCAGUUCCCACCCGCCGUACCGGUUCCUGAAUCCGGCUCUGGAACUAGGGAUUAGGAAGGCGUGCUUCUAGUUUGAAGUAUCGGCCACGGGGGUCAUAAUUAGGGCAAGAUAUACAUCCCACUUCAUAGUCUGGAAAUCGGAUUCAGCAAUCGCAAGGAGAUAUGGGGGCGCCGCAGCCAUGGCCGAACGGCUCAGUUAAGAAUCACCGUGAAUUAAGCCACCGCCGAACCAAGUCCGAGGGAACUUUAUUUCUGGAGAUCCACCCUGGGCAUAGACAUUUGUUCCAAGCGCUACCCCUCGAAAAAAGGAAAUUGUUAGGAAAGCUGAAUUUGGAUGAUACCCAGGGUCUACCUACUAAAAAGAGAAAAAUAAUCCGUGGGUUGAAUGGGAUUACGCAGAGUCCAUCUUCCAUUGGUGAAACUAAUGACCUGAAACCAAGGUGGACUGUUUUUAGGUUGUUGAUUCCCACAAUGGAUGAUGAAGCUAACCAUUACAAUCGUUACCUGAAGCCAAAUUUUGAUAGGAAAGAUGUUGAAGUGGAUUUCCAUUCUGCAGCUGGAGUCGGAGUGGUUAUGGUAUCAGCGAAAAGGGACUCUAUUCUCUGUAGACGCUCCAUCAAUCAUGCUGUUAAUGUUUUUAAAGAGGUUCACCGAUGUUUUCUGCGCACCAUUCCUUUGGAGUGCUUAACAAGGCUACUUGUACCAGCUGCACAUGCAAAAAGUUUGAUUAUUCUGAACACAAUCAAAUCUUGUCCGUGGAGACUCACAAUCUAUCUAACAGAUAACAUGCCAGUUUUUUUCCCUGGUGAUGUGAUUGUUGAUGUGGAAGUGAAUUUUCCUCUCCCUGGGGAUGUACUUAAUCACAUGGAAUCAGUUGUUUCUGAUUUGGGAGAGCUUGCAAUUGAUGACUGCAUGAAGUCAAAGUUUAAAUCUGGAAAAAACAUUCGCCCAUCAUAUCGUGAAAUAUCUGCACCUGGAAAAUCAUCUUCAAAAGUGAAACCUCGAAGAGAAUAUGCGAUUUGGCAGUUCAGACGAAUUCCUCUGUCGUAUAUUGAUCAUAUCAUUGGCGAAGAUGGUGCAAAUCUUGAGAAGAUCUGGAAAUCAAGUCCGGCCUCUGUUUACUUGGAGACGGCUACUGCUAAAGAGGUUGUUAUUUCUAUUCUUGGUGAAUCGUAUAAAGAGAUUAAGGCUGCGAAGGAAGUGAUGGAGGAAUUAAUUCCGGAUGACAAAAAGAUAGACGAAGAGGGGGGGCGUGUUUUUGAAGGAAUGUUUGAGGUUGAGGGAGGGUGUACUUCAUAUGGAGAUGCCGAAUCGCCUACUAUUUGAUGCUUAGUGUUAUGCCAACACCGCCACACUAAGCUAUGGAGUUGAGUAUUUAUAAGAUGCAGAUAUAUCCGCUAGUCGAUGGAUACAUAUAUCUUAUCAAGAUCCAUGGUAAGAACUAUAUUUAAAUUAGUAAAUUCGAUAUUCAAUGGAGUUAAUUAUAUGCAGAUAUGAUAAUUCAACAUUCCUAUAUGGCUAUAAUUUAUAAGAUUAUUCAUAGGUUUACAAUACUAAAAAAAUUCAAUAUUUUUAUUACUCUUCCGAUAACAUUUGUCAACUAGUUUAUCAAAUGUGUUUUAAAAUCAAAAUGUGUUAUAAAU